GUAUACAGGGUGUCAUCGCCAACCUCCACCACAGUGAGCGUGUCAUGUGUUCACGACCCAGCCUGUGACAUGCAACUCUCUGUCUCUCACACACUCACACUCGCUCUCUCUCUAGCACUGACUACGCAAUAUGUGGCCGCAGUCCAGAUCACGGCACUCCGAGUGCCAGAAGAGGUCCGUAACGGGUCGGACGGAGCCAUCCUGGACUGCGAGUACACUCUGCGACAGUCCGAGCUGGGCCCAGAGUCUGGUCUGGUCGUCAAGUGGUUCUGGAACAACUCGCCAGCUCCCGUGUACCAGUGGAUCCCAGGACAGAGGCCUCAGGACCUGGGCGUGCUCAAGGGCCGCCUCAAACUCGAUUACAAGGCGAGUAGACACCCGUACACCAUGCACAGAGCUCUCUACAUCAACAACCCCACCACUGAGCUGUCUGGGGAGUACAAGUGUUCGGUAUCUACCUUCACGGACGAGGACUUCAUGAUAAAGAAGAUGAUCGUCUAUGCUCCCGAGAGAAAGGUUGACCUUGGUCACAGCAAGCAUGACCUUCACAAUGUCAACAUCACAUGUCGAGCCCUCGGACUCUACCCGGAGCCAAGGAUGACUAUACACAAGGGCACUGACCUCAAGUCUCUUGAAGAGAUGGAGGGAGUGUCGGUGCGGACUCUGCCUAGAGAGGAGUCGUACGACGUGGUCGCCUCUGUGCUCCUCUCUGACUCCGAGUUGAGAGGAUCACUCGUAGUGAACUGCGAGCUCUGGAUACCCUCCACCUCCUACCGCAGACAGAAGACUCUGCAUUACUACCCGGGACGGGCUCUCCCUUGGAUUGGAGAGGAAGACAGCGGGUCAUCGCCAAUACGAGUCGCUGCGGUCGUCUUGUGGUCGUCUCUUCUAUGUUCGCUACAACUACAUCACUACCACUGAGACAUCAUUACCAACAGUCUGGCCCCACUUACCGAAUUAGUUCAAGUGUUCUUGCAAACCACAGUCCGGAAAGUCUCCGGACUAGACUGGCUCUUUCACAAAUGAUAUCGGACAUUUCUCGGAUGCUGUGUAAAUUUAUACUUUUAUAAAUAAUAUAACUUAAUUACUGUAUGUAUUUGGAUUUAAAAUGGACAGUUAUCAUUAUUACCAUCGUUUAUUAAGCUUUGUAAUAUACUGUUUACACUUAUAUCUUAUGCCAAAAUUACCAGCCUCGAGGCGUUAGGUCAGCUUGUUGUACAUAAAAUAUAUAAUUAUGUUUGUGAUAAUAUGUAUAUUUUAGAAAUAAAUAAAU